AUGAUGUCUAUGAGUUUUAUGUCAGAUAGUUUGAAUGCCUCGGAUCCCUCCAAAUCAGCUUUUUUAGAGUUUGGACACGGAAUACCCGCUAAUCAGCAGCAUCUGACAGGGCUCACUCAUAGUAUUUACCCCGUACAUGGAUUGCAUUCGAGCGGACACCCACAACACGAUGGUACCUACCCUUCCACCGGGUCCCCUUAUGGCCGGUCACUGGGUUACGCCUACCCCGGUCCGGUGAGUGCUCAUCCCCCGAGUGCGUACAUGCCCUACCAGCAUAGCAACCACAGCAGCACUUUGGGGCACACAAGAAUAGAGGAGACGGACAAUAAGAAGCCAGCAGUCAUAGAGCAUGGUGAGAUUCGUCUGAGUGGUAAAGGGAAGAAGAUUCGCAAACCACGAACCAUUUACUCCAGUCUGCAGCUGCAGGCGCUCCAUCAGCGGUUCCAACAAACCCAGUACCUCGCACUGCCAGAACGGGCUGAUUUAGCAGCCAAACUGGGACUGACGCAAACGCAGGUUAAAAUAUGGUUUCAGAAUAAACGCUCAAAAUAUAAGAAGAUAAUGAAGCAUGGAUCUGGUGUACCAGAGGGAGAGCUUCUUCAUACCCCAUCUUCCGCUUCACCUUGUUCUCCAGGACUGCCACAGCUUUGGGAAAUGUCAAUGGCAAAUAAAGGGGGUGCACCUAUGCACCCAAGUGGUUAUAUGAACAAUUUUGGACACUGGUGCCCCGGGCACCACCAGGAUUCUAUGCCCAGACCUCAGAUGAUGUGA